GUAUGGAUUGUGUUAAUAAUUUUUGUACUAUUUCAGUACCGAUGAAGCUGCCACAGAAAAUAUUCUAAAAGCAGAACUAAUUAUGGCUGCAUUGUGUGGAAAACUAAGUCUUGUAACAUCAAGAGAUGCCUUUAUUACUGCUAUUUGCAAAGGUUCUUUGCCUCCUCACUAUGCCUUGACAGUACUGAAUACUACUAGUGCUGCCCUUUCCAGUAAAUCAUAUUCUAUUCAAGGUCAAAAUGUGCAAAUGAUCAGUCCCUCAAGUGAAUCUCAUCAGCAAGUUGUAGCAGUGGGGCAACCACUGGCUCUACAACCACAGGGAACAGUAAUGCUUACAUCUAAGAAUAUACAGUGCAUGAGGACGUUACUUAGCUUGGCUCAUUGUCAUGGAGCCGUCCUUGGUACAUCAUGGCAACUUGUCUUAGCUACACUCCAGCAUCUUGUAUGGAUUCUUGGUUUGAAACCAGGCAUUGGAGGUGCUUUAAAGCCUGGAAGAGCUGUAGAAGGACCUAGCACAGUUCUAACUACAGCUGUUAUGACUGAUUUGCCAGUUAUCUCGAACAUUCUUUCCAGACUUUUUGAAAGUUCACAAUAUCUGGAUGAUGUUUCCUUACAUCAUUUAAUAAAUGCACUUUGUUCAUUGUCUCUGGAAGCCAUGGAUAUGGCCUAUGGAAAUAAUAAGGAACCAUCAUUGUUCGCUGUUGCUAAAUUGUUAGAAACAGGACUGGUUAACAUGCAUAGGAUUGAAAUUAUGUGGAGACCACUGACUGGUCAUCUUUUAGAGAAGGUCUGCCAACAUCCAAACUCAAGGAUGAGGGAAUGGGGAGCAGAAGCUUUAACGUCUCUCAUCAAAGCCGGAUUGACAUUUAACCAUGACCCUUCACUCUCUCAGAACCAGAGGCUUCAGCUGUUGUUACUAAACCCACUGAAAGAGUUGUCAAAUAUCAGUCACCCUGAUAUUAGACUCAAGCAAUUGGAAUGCGUUUUACAGAUUUUGCAAAGCCAAGGGGACAGUCUAGGGCCUGGAUGGCCCUUGGUACUUGGAGUUAUGGGAGCAAUUAGAAGUGAUCAAGGAGAGUCUCUAAUCCGGACUGCAUUCCAGUGUCUCCAGUUGGUUGUGACUGACUUUUUGCCAACAAUGCCAUGUACUUGCCUACAGAUUGUAGUAGAUGUUGCUGGAAGUUUUGGGCUUCACAACCAAGAACUAAACAUCAGUUUAACAUCAAUUGGUCUUUUGUGGAAUAUUUCAGACUAUUUCUUCCAAAGAAGUGAAAUUAUUGAAAAGGAAUUAAACAAGGAAGAAUCAGUGUUACAGAAGCAAGCAAAAGAAAACGGGAUAACAUUGAAUCGUCCCUUCCAUCCGGCACCACCAUUCGAUUGCCUCUGGCUUUGCCUAUAUGCCAAGCUCGGGGAACUCUGUGUAGAUCCACGCCCUGCAGUUAGAAAAAGUGCCGGACAGACUCUAUUCUCUACAAUUGGUGCUCAUGGAACUUUACUUCAGCAUUCAACAUGGCAUACAGUUAUAUGGAAGGUUCUCUUUCAUUUGCUGGAUAGAGUGCGGGAAUCUUCUACAACUGCUGAUAAAGAGAAGAUUGAAUCUGGUGGUGGUAACAUUCUCAUUCACCAUUCACGAGAUACAGCAGAGAAACAGUGGGCUGAGACAUGGGUACUAACAUUGGCUGGAGUAGCUAGAAUAUUCAACACGAGGCGGUAUUUGUUGCAGUCCUUAGGAGAUUUUUCUGAAGCUUGGGAUAUUCUUCUUGAUCACAUUCAAUCAGCUGCACUCAGCAAAAACAAUGAGGUUUCUUUGGCUGCUUUGAAAAGCUUUCAGGAAAUCUUACAAAUUGUAUCUCCAGUUAGAGAAACUGAAAAACCUGAUACACCACCUGCUAUUAAUGUUCCUGUGCCUGUCCUCAUCGGCUCAAUGACUGCCACUGGCCUUGGAAGAUCUUUUAUGAGAACUGAUUCUCUAGGAGAAAGAAUUGGAAAAUGUAGUGCAAUUGAGCCCCCUAUGAUAACUGAUGAAAUUGAAGACUUGGAUCUUUGGUGGGCUGCAUGGAACAGUUGGUUUCGAAUUGGUUCAGAAAGUACAAAGCCCCCACUUUCUUUUGAUAAAAUGACUUUUAUUCCCAGCCAGCCUUUUCUUACAGCUUUAAUACAGAUAUUUCCAGCCCUUUAUCAACACAUUAAAACAGGUUUCAGUAUGGAUGAUCUCCAAAAACUAGGCGUCAUUCUACAUGGUGCAAUCUCUGUUCCAAUCAGUUCUGAUGCAUCUCCUUUCAUCUUACCAUCAUAUACUGAGGCAGUUCUAACAAGUUUGCAAGAAGCUGUACUUACGGCUUUAGAUGUCUUACAAAAGGCUAUAUGUAUAGGUUCAGAAAACAUGCAAGUAAUGUAUCCUGCUAUCUUUGAUCAGUUGUUAGCUUUUGUUGAAUUUUCCUGUAAACCACCACAAUACGGACAGCUAGAAACAAAACACAUUGCCAAUGCAAAAUUCAAUCAGAUACAACUGUUUGCACCGGCAGAAUGGGUAGCACUUAAUUAUGUACCAUUUGCAGAAAGAUCUUUAGAAGUUGUGGUAGAUCUGUACCAAAAGACUGCUUGUCACAAAGCUGUGGUAAAUGAAAAAGUCCUUCAAAAUAUUAUCAAGACACUAAGGAUGCCUCUUAGUCUGAAAUAUGCUUGUCCUUCAGAAAGCACAUGGAAACUUGCAGUCUCUUCACUCCUUAAAGUUCUCUCAAUUGGGUUACCAGUUGCUAGACAGCAUGCUUCCUCUGGAAAAUUUGACAGUAUGUGGCCAGAGUUAGCCACCACUUUUGAAAACUUUUUGUUUACUAAAAGUCUACCUCCAGAUAAUCUUUCUAUUCAAGAGUUUCAAAGAAAUGAAAAUAUUGAUGUUGAAGUGGUGCAGCUCAUCAGUACAGAGAUACUGCCGUACGCUAAUUUUAUUCCCAAGGAAUUUGUUGGUCAGAUUAUGACUAUGCUUAAUAAAGGUUCAAUACAUUCUCAGUCCUCUUCAUUUACAGAGGCAGAAAUCGAUAUUCGUAUGAGAGAGGAAUUUUCCAAGAUGUGUUUUGAAACACUGCUUCAGUUUUCAUUCAGUAACAAAGUAACAACUCCUCAAGAAGGCUAUAUUUCACGAAUGGCACUUUCUGUUCUAUUAAAACGAUCUCAAGAUGUGCUUUAUCGUUACAUAGAAGAUGAAAGAUUAAGUGGCAAGUGUCCACUUCCACGGCAACAAGUUACAGAAAUAAUAUUUGUUUUAAAAGCUGUCAGUACUCUCAUAGACUCUCUUAAAAAAACUCAGCCAGAAAACGCUCUGGAUGUUGCAAGUAGUGAAAAACAUUUAAAAACCAGGAACAGUACCAAAAAAAAUAACCCAAAGGAACAAAGAGAAAAAAACCUGCAUAAAACAAGGAAGAAAAGGGGCAUUGAUCAUUCUCACCAAAAAUCUGGGGGAAGAGCCACAUUUUAGGGUCUUUUGAGAUACCAAAAAAUUGGAGAAAAUUUCAAAUCUGGGGGGAGCCUCAUUCCAUAGAGUAUCUUCUGUAUAUGUAUGUACAUGAAUAUGCAUAUUCAUAUAUAAUUAAGUUGGGGAUUUGGUGUAACUUUCUUACGUUAAUAUACCAUUCUGAAAAAUUGAAUUGUAUAUACCGUUUGAAUAAUGUUAAAUGCUUGAAAUGUUGGUAUGUGUUUUAAAGUAGUACUUCCAUCAGCUUUUUUUCCAAAUUGUUAUCAAUAAUUCUAGUUCUUCAGCUUAAUAUUUAUCUUGUCUUGAAUUUAUUUCUUUGACUUCUGUAAACAAUGUAUUCAUCAUUUGAUUGUACAGAUCUACAGUGAGCAAUAAAGACAAUCCAAUCUAGAUUAUUUAACUGCAAUAUGAAAAAUAUAGUUUCAAUUAGAUAGAAUGUAAAGAAUAUGUUUGUGUUUUUAUUUUAUAAUUGUACACUGAAGAUGACAUUUAAUUUCAUUGUACUAUGUGCAAUGACAAUAAAGUAAACUAAACUAAAUAGAAGACAUAAUUUCAAUUUAUAGAAAUUAAGGAUUCUUAAGAAUUUUAGAGAAAUGUCUUGAUUUUUCAUGCUUUUUUCAUGUAUUGCUCAUAAGUCUUUCCAACAUUAAAAAACCAUACUUAAGUAAAAGUUCUAGCAUCUGAACCGUUCGCUUUCAUUGUUAAAUACUGUAUAGUCUAGACAAUAAUUCUUGAUGUUAGAUGUCAUAUUACAUUAAUCUUAUUCAAGCAGAAAAUACGGAAUGAAGCCAAAGAUAUGUGUUAGUGGUAUUUCAGGAAUUUUGUACAAUACAGUUCAUAAAGAAGAGUGAAAGAGAAAGGAAUAAAAGUAUAAAGGUUUAUGAAAAAAGUAGCAGGGAAGAGCUUGUGCACAUACUUUUGGUUUAGGGUCUCUCUUCCUCUCUUAACACUUGUAUUUGAAGGACUGCUAGAAACAGUCCUGCUACUGGAAAUAACCUGGCAUCCAAGUUAGUGUUUGUGAAUUAAUGUAUCUACUUUUGGAUAUCCAUACAUAAUUAUUCAAUAAAAAUCUAGGGCAGAGAAGGAACAAUAAAAUAUAAUUCUGUUAUAUAAAAAUGUAGAUGCCACCAGGUUUAGAAACUUGGGAAUAUAGUCAUUAAAUUUUAUUACAAUCUUAAACCUUAAAUUUAUUCUAAACGAGUUAAAUCAAAAAAUGUUACUUCAAGUUCUUAAAAGAAAUAUCCAAUUGUAGUUAAAUGCUAAAGUAUAACAUAUUUUGGACAUUUUAGUUAUGAAACCAGAUUUUCAGAAAUGCUUCAAAGUGUUACAGAUGAGUAAUGAAUAUCCCUUCCAUGUUAAAACUGUUUAGAAAGCUUGUUCUCAAUUGGAAACAUUCAAAAUUGAGUCCUCUAGAACAGAGGUCCCCAACCCCCAGUCUGGACUGACAUGGCUCCAUGGCCCUUUAGAAACCAGGUCGUCCAAGCAGUGGGCCAGCAUGCAAAGCUCCAUUUGUGCAAGCAAAUCCCCCCCCCCUCCAUUGCAGUGGAGCUGGAAAGGUUGAGGAUCCUUCUGCAUAUUACUUCACAUACUUCCAGCUGGAGAAAUGAUUUACAACUAUAUAAAUAUAAACUGGGAACUCGCCACAGGCCAUGUUCUUUUAUCAAUUCUAAAUGACAUUCACCAUCAUUUGAUUAUCCCUUUUUAAUUUACAUUUCCAGAUCAUUCCAAUAAUUUAUAUUUGCCUUAUUUUUUAGAUAAUUAGAAUAUAUCUCUUAAAAAUAGCAAAAUUCUGCUACAUUGUGGAAACAUCCACAAAUGAUUGUCAGCAAUCACUGAUCUUCGUGAUUAAGUGCUUUGUUUUACUGAAUCCAUUUUUUAUGAUUGAAAUAAUUUUUUUCAGUGAACUCAGCUCUUGGGAGAAUAUAGAAUUAAUGUGCCUAAAAGCUGAUGAUAAUAGCAGUACAGAAGAAUCUUAACAGGAUAUAUAGUAUUGGCUCAGAAAAAAUCUUCGGAAAAGCAUGGUAUUUCCUGUCAACGUUUAGGGAAUAUGUUAUAUUCUGGCACAUCCUGAUUAGCAAAAUGACUAGUCUUUAAAUGAGAACUACUUGUCUAUGGAAAAUAUCCAUAGACAACCGUUUGUAUAGCACAGCUUGCAAUUUUAUGUCAAAAAAUUCUGCUAAUCAUUUGUUUAAUAGUUAUAUAUAAAUUCUAGCAUAAAAGUGAUGAUUUUUCUUAUGGAAUUUAUAACAACGCAUAACUUAAUUUGAAUCUGGUUUGAACAGCUAAACUCAUGGUAUUUGCAAACAUGUUUGUUCUAUUACAAAAUAUCACUUUAGUUAUAACUAUUACCUAUAGCAUUGUAGAUGAUUUUUAAAAUAUAUUUUGAAGACCAGUUGCCAAAUAUAUUCAAGUCUAAAUCAGGCAUCAAAACCAAUCUUUAAUUCAGAAUCAUAAGCUAUUCAAAAUAAAAUUGAAGAUUUUUUGCCCUUGCAUUCUCCUUGCCAUAUCUACUGUAACUUAAAUUACUUCCAAACUGUUACAUCAAGACUCAUUUUUUCUUAUAAUUACACCCAAUUAUGGGGAACUCCCAUCACAGUAAGCUGCUCCAAUAAAUGUAUAUGGUUUUUCAAAACAUCAUUCUGAAGAAAAAAAUUAGAAUGAAAUACUUGUAUUUACAUAGUAUAGAAUUUUUCAGACAAUCUCAGCUAAUUCAUGUUUCAUUGUAUCCAGAUGCUUAAACUAUACUAAUCAGAGAUUGCCUUAAUUCCAGAUACAGGUAUUCCAUCUGUGCUGCUUUGAAAGCUUACUUACCGCAGAGCCCAAUGAUUGCUGGGAUGGAAAAUUGUUUGUGAGCCUGGUUGUUAUUUAUUUACUUAUUAAACAGUCUUUCAAUCAUGUUGGAAUGGCAGCUAAUGGUUGCAGCAAGUAUUUAGCUGUGCACCAAAUAGCAAAAUUACCAUGUUACUGAGUCCACUUCAAUUUUAACCUUUCAAUGUUUUCUUGCCAUCUAUAUUUUGUAUGGAAGAAGUCAGAAAAAGAUAAUUGAGCAAGAUACAGGAACACAAGCAAGAUAGAACUUGGCAACCAGAUUUUUUUUAAAAAGCAAAAAGCAGUUGUGCCAUAGAUUUGUAAAGAGGUUGCCAAUUUGGCAAUGUGACUAUUUUAAUUACUGUUAAUAAAUUAUUUCAAUUAGGUAAUUAUAUACUAUUUGUUUUAAAUUUUAGUUGCCUUUAGUAUUGUAUAAAGAAUACACCAUGGGUGGCACCUUUGCAAUUUUGAUACCAUUUUGUGCUGUCAGAAAAUAGGUUCUGCAGUAGGGGUGGCAGCCUCAUAAGCCUCUCUGGUAAUUAACUCAAUAGAUAAAGCAGUAUAUUUCAGAGAUAUUAAUCAAAUGCAUAUAAACCACAAAGAAUAAGGAAGUGACAUAUAGGCAUCCAACCCAGUGUCUAGGAAGGAUGAUCAGAAUAUGGGUUAGAUAAGAUGCAGUGGAAAGCUUUUAAUUAAGUAUUGUCUGAAUAUAGAUGUCUUUUUUAUGGAACUAAUACAUAUUUUCUCUUUCAUUAUAUUAUCUCAUUUAUUAAGAUGCCUUGCAGAAUUCAUCAAGGAUGCCCUUUAUGACUCAGUUUGAUAGCUUAACUAUUGCCUUAGACAAUACUACAGUUCAAGAAUCAGAGAUCAGGAUUACAUAUACAUCGAUUUAUUAUAUGCCAGUAGUAUAUUAUCUGAUCAGUCAUGUAUUUUCUAUACCACAACCCGUAAAUAAAUUCUGCAUUCAAUUAAUUGAAAUUAACCAGCAAGGAAAAAGCUGACUUGACUGCUGACUCAAUAAAACACCGAAGGCCAUCUUAAUGAAAUGAAUACAAUUUUGUGAGUGAUACAUCCUUCCUGUUGGUUUUCUUUAGCACUUUUUCACCAAGCAGAAGACUUUUACACUGAACUUAUAUAUAUCUUAAAAUAUACAGGUAGAAAAGCAAUACAAUAAAAAUAACAUUUAAUUUCACAAUAAAGUUUGAUACUGUAUUUAGAUUGUUCUUAGACUUUCAUUAUUUGAUUCAUAUAAUUUCAUAGCAAAUUUCUAUACUUUUACCGAUCAGCUAUAAAUCCCACAGAAAUACCCAUCCAAUAUAAACAGCCAAAAUGAGUUUUUCUCUUUAUUUUUUUACGAUUCUAUUUUAAAACACUAUUGUGAAUACAUUUUUUCUGGUUUUUCAGCUUUCUUCUUAAUUGCACUAAAUAUUUUUCAAAACACAUAAAAUAUAUCCCUUUGCUAAGCAUUUUUGUUCUUAAAUUACAAAAAGUUUGACAUUUCACAGUCACAGUGUUAAGUACAUUAAUCUAAAUCAUUUUUACCAUCAAAGUCUUUUCAUCAUUUAGAAUGCUGACCCUAGAAAAUAAUAUAUUCCAUAAAUAUAAUCACUAUACCACUAAAAUAAUGGGCAGCCGUUGAAUUAAAAUGUAAUACAGUGGGGGAAAAUAAAGCAGAGGUAGGAAGGGAAAGGGUUCUUUCAAGUAAAGUACAGAUAUAAUUUGGCAGAAUGAUUGCCUACAACAUCUCUAAAAGAAAACAAAAUAGAUUGAGAAUGUGCAAAUGUUUGUAAAAUGCAAACUGCAAUAGUGCAUGUACGAAGAGCAAAGUACCAAAAUAGACUU